UGUAUGCAUUACACUUCACGUAUUCCAACAUAAUACACGAAGGGUAAUUACAGUGAAAAUGUGAGGGGUAGACAGACCUUAUUCAGAGGCAAAUACAAUAAGUUAUCAAAGACAGUAAAUAUAAAAUAUUUAGAAAUGCUUCUUGUCCUGUUCUUGUGUUUUGGAAUAUUGAAGCACCAAAGUUUAGCUUCAACAACGCAGGACGUCAGUACUUAUAGUGACAGCACUACAGAACAAACAAGUACUAUUACUAGCACCUCAGAAUCGACGGUCACUACACAGAUUGUAACUUCAGAGUCAACAGUUACUACAAUGCAAACAACCACAGCAGUGAACGAUUUGUGGUGCUACAGCUGUACAGACACCCAGCGUGGUGCUGACUGUCAAACAAACAUAAAAACUAUGGCGGGAGAGGGAGGUGAAGUAAAGGACCGAAUAAAGACGGCAAAAGAACAAAGUACACAACAGAGUACAAUGAAAUACGCGAAGAACUGUGGGGGAUACGCAAACUUCACAUAUUGUAUGAUUGAAACAAUUGAAAAUAGAGGAGAGGUACAUUCCUAUAUUAGGGAUUGUUCUGAUGGGGCAUCCUUCUCCUACAGACUCUCUAAGCUGAGUAACGUCCACCCAGACAACCAGACGACAUGUGGCUACACGGGGCAGGGAUACGUCAUAUGUGUACGUCUGUGUCAGACAAACUUUUGUAACGGACCAUUCCCUUUGUCUGCAGCGAAUACAGAGAAACAUUGGAAUGGACUUUUAUUCGUUUUAUUUAUGGCAUAUUGUUUGUUUUUCUGAAAAUGGAUCGAUUCAGAGACUAAGAGUCUUCAAAAGAAAAACAUGUUUUUGUACAGAUCUUGUACAAUAGCAAAAGUUUAUGUCAGAAAGACGGUAAAAGAGUGAUACAUAUUCUACAUAUCUGUCUUGAAAGUUUCUUUGUUCAAAACACGUAUGUCCAGCUUCAUAGUACAAGAUUAUAUCAUCGAAUAAUAUUUGAAACAAGGAUUAAGGAUGUAAAGUAUGAAUCAUGUGUAAAUGAUGUUCUGAUAAUCUGUUAUAUGUGUCUCCUAUCGCUCAUCACUAAAUUUGAUAUUCAAAUAGUAACAAGAGCUAGAAAAUCUGAUUGUUUAUCAUUUAAAGAUAAUUAAUUGAUGAAACCGUAAAUGUUCUGCUUUGUUUUUUCUUGAUUGUUCUCUAUUUGAAUUAUUCCUUCGAAAAAGGAUGGUGUAGAUAGUGGAAACAUAAAGCAACAUUAACGUAAACGAAAUGCAUUUGUUAAAUAUCCUUUUUUCUGUCUACAAGAGUUUCCUUUGAAUUUACAGGUGCCAUAUAUAUUAGGGGAAAAUAUUUAAGUUCUUGUGUCACUGGUUAAACAUGGUAAACAAAAAAAUUCCAGGUCAAAACAUUUUCUAAUCUUCUGCUAUUAACCAAUCAAAAAGACUAUAUGAUGCUCGAACUCACGUGUUAUGAUGCAUAAACAUAAACUGGCCAGUUGGUAUUUAAUCAUUUCUAUCUGACAACGAUACUGAAAGCCUCGCUGUCAUCUAUCCAAGCUUUUUUACUUUACCUAUAUUUAGAGGUACAUGUACAUGGCACUAUAAUUUAUUUGUACAUUUUAUUUUGAAUGAAUCUAUUUAUUGAUAAUUAAAUUGUUUUUGUACUGUUGUAUGUACGUACUUCUGAUUUCACGAAUUUUUAAGGAGGAUAGCAUAUUGAAAUUUCAUUUUGCAUUGUGUAACCAGGUUUGGUCAUUGUCAUUUUUUGUGUAUUUUUGCAUCAAUCACGUGAUUUUUUUAAUAA